ACGUCACUAUGACAACCGAGUAACUCARAUCCAAGACGGUCAGAGAGGAACACAAAUCAAGUCAUAAACAGCCAAUUAAUUGAACAAGAUUGUACUUAGGCAGUGUGAUAAUGGGAGCAACAUUGUCCAGCCAUGCUCAYUGGACYUCAGCCAAUGAACACAACAAAGGAAAACUAGCKUUUACUCCCCACAACGAGGCUCUUCUCAACAAGAUUGUCAAAAGUAUAGAAGACCUUGUAUCAAAAUAUCCUCAUGAAGCAGAGGUGGUGUUCAAAGAGCCUUUCAAAUGGCAUACAGAACUCCAGCCUGACAUGUUUUCAUCCCUGAACUUUGGUUCACUUGGAUAUAAAGUUGGUGAAAAGGAAGUGCAGUCAGAAGCAGUGAAUUCAGCAGGAGAGCCUUUGUUGUCUAUCAAUAAGGAUGGAAGUAAUUGCAUAGUUAAAGUUAUGAGUUUUGAGCAAAUCAACAGCAUUUUAAAAGUUGCUGGGGAUAAAAAAUGCAAAGAAGUACAAGCUUGCCUCGAAGAGAAUCAAGACCCUGUCGGCCUGGUAAUGGGUCCAGCUUAUGCUCAAAUAGACACRAGUGACAACGCUUUACUGAAAGCACAUGAAGACUUGCGAAAAGCGCAGGCAGACUCAGCAGAYAAUGUUGAAGAGCUUGAUAGUAAAUUUCGACUAAUGGUUUUACUAAACCAGAUUGACUUACAGUUGAUGCAAUCUUCAGUUGUGAAAAUUGCCAAAGAGGUACGGCUGAACCCUGAAGCUGUUCAGGAUGAGUWUGAGGUUCUAAAAUCGUUUUCAGGAGAAGAAGAAAAAAGUUGUCUUGAAUCAAUCAACUGGGUACUCGACUACCAGUUUUCCAAUGGUUGCCAUGCUCCUCCAUGGCGGCAAGUACAUGGUGACAUAAGCUAUAUAGAGGUCAAGCCGAUAGACGGCGACUCGCUCCUUGUCCUUGCUAGUACUUCAGGAUAUUUCCUGACAAAUAAAGAUACCCAAGGUGAAUUGACUUAUGAAAGAGAAGGAGAUAUUUACCCUACUUUGGCUGCAUUYCUGAAGACGAAGAGUCCUCACUUUGCAGCGACAAUCGACAAGAAGGAAUUUGCUUACUACGGAGCACCAGAAAACGAUACAACCGAAAAGAUCUACGAAGACAACGAAAAGGAGGAAACUGAAGACGUAGAAGCAGAUGAGACAGUGAAAACCAUGAAUAAACAAAAUGAGCCCAAAACGACAAAAACAUCCAAAAAUACAACUCAAAAGAAGAAAGGUGGGAAAGGGCGCAAUCUAGAGCCUUCACAAAAGUGGAAAAACAUCGGUUUUGGAGAAGAUUUGCUGGAUAAGGAAGACAAAGUUAAAGAGAAAUCCAAUGCUGGCAAGAAAUCGCCUUCUCGUCACAGAACAAGUCGUGAUGSAGGAAAAGAUACCCGGCAAUCAACGCGGUCGCAAAUGAAAGGUGACAUGGACGAGGAUUUCAGCGAAAGCUCCUCUGAAAGUGAAGAAGAAGAUGAGAGRCAAGACAGGAGACAGGAAUCAAACGCAGAUCUUCCUUCAGAAUACUGGCAGAUACAGAAAUUGGUGAAAUACCUCAAGGGUGGAAAUCAGACGGCUACAAUAAUAGCACUGUGCGCAAUGAGCGACUUCAACCUUUCUCAAGAGACUUGUCAGCUUGCUAUUCGUGACGUAGGUGGACUAGAGGUCCUUAUAAACCUACUAGAGACUGAGGAAAUUAAAUGCAAGAUUGGAUCUUUAAAAAUCUUGAAGGAGAUUUCCAAGAARGUUCUUAUUCGAAAAGCUAUAGCUGACCUCGGAGGUCUUCAAACUAUGGUGAAAAUAAUCCAGUCACCUAACAAAGAGCUCAAAUGUUUGGCUGCUGAGACGAUUGCGCAUGUUGCAAAGUUUAGACGAGCGCGGCGUACUGUCAGACAGUAUGGAGGCAUUAAGAAAUUGGUCAGUUUAUUAGAUUGCGGUCUUCUAUCAAACGCUUCAGAGAUKGAUGUCCAGGUAGCUCGCAGUGGUGCCCUGGCUUUGUGGAGUUGUAGUAAAAGUACGAAGAAUAAGCAAUCUACUCGUAAAGCAGGUGGAAUUCCCUUACUCGCACGACUKUUGAAAUCGAAAAAUGAGGAAAUGCUGAUACCAGUUGUAGGGACGUUACAAGAGUGUGCAUCAGAGGAAACCUAUCGUUUGGCUAUCCGUACAGAAGGAAUGAUAGAAGACCUUGUCAAUAAUUUAAAGAGUGAAAAUCAAGAAUUGCAGAUGCAUUGUGCUAGUGCGAUAUUCAAGUGCGCAGAAGAUGAAGAGACUCGUAACCUAGUACGGCAYUACGGUGGUUUAGAUCCAUUGGCAUCGCUAUUGACCAAUGUAGACAACAAAGAACUUCUAGCAGCUGCAACUGGUGCCAUAUGGAAGUGCUCAAUUAGUCCUGAAAACGUCAACAGAUUUCAGGAGCUCAAAGCUAUCGAGCAGCUUGUUGCACUUUUAACAGAUCAACCAGAGGAGGUACUUAUCAACGUUGURGGAGCAUUAGGUGAAUGUGCACAGAUUCCCGCAAAUCGUACCGCYAUACGCAAGGCUGGAGGUAUUCCAUCACUAGUAAAUCUGCUGACCAGUACGAAUCAGGCUCUARUGGUUAAUGUCACCAAGUCUGUUGGAGCAUGCGCAACUGAAACUGACAACAUGGCGAUUAUUGAUCGUCUUGAUGGUGUUCGAUUGUUGUGGUCUCUGCUGAAAUCAAAUAARCCAAGGGUUCAGUCAAGUGCUGCUUGGGCGAUCUGUCCAUGUAUCGAAAAUGCUAAGGAUGCUGGGGAAAUGGUGCGUUCGUUUGUUGGUGGUUUGGAGUUGAUUGUGAGUCUUUUGAAGUCAGAUGAUAAAGAGGUCUUAGCCAGCGUUUGUGCUGCUAUAGCAAACAUUGCCAAGGACGAAGAAAACCUUGCUGUUAUCACAGAUCAUGGAGUUGUCCCAAUGCUUGCCAAACUUGCRUCCACGCCUGAUGAUCGUCUGCGCCAGUAUCUCGCUGAAUCCAUUGCAAGGUGUUGUAUGUGGGGAAAUAACAGAGUGGCCUUUGGUACAGCUGGUGCAGUACCUCCUUUGGUACGAUAUCUAAAGUCACCAAGUCUAGAUGUACACAGAGCCACUGCGCGUGCGCUUUACCAGCUAUCACGUGAUCCAGCCAACUGUAUAUCCAUGCACAACAGCGGAGUUGUCAAGCCAUUACUGGUCAUGGUUGGAUCKAAAGACGAAAUCUUACAAGAAGCUGCCGCCGGUUGUUUGAACAACAUCAGAAGACUGGCAUUGGCAAACGAGAAAGCAAAAUAUCGCUAGAUAGCGGUUAUGURUGUAUYUCUUCGUGCUAAAGUACCUUGGUCUAGUGUAAAUAGUUAUAUUUUCUUGAAAAAUGGUCGUUGUUAUCGACGAAAUUGGUUUACAUUUUGAUAUCUAAAGUCUGUAAUCAUGUCAUGUAUUCUUUUUCUAAUAAACGAGGUAUGAUAAGUGAAA